AUGGACACAACGCCAAGGCUCGCGGACUGCCCGUCGACUGCCUUCGCCGUCCCGCGGCGGCUCUUAGCCGGCCGCAAGCGCCGCCCUGAAGCUACCACCGCUAACGACGGUUCCUCCUUCUUCACUGCCGAGGACUUCGAAGCAUUUUCCGUCCGCGGGGACGUCCUGACGUCGCGCCUCUAUGGGGAACUGGAGACUCGGCGACGGACCAUUGUCACGUCGGUGGCGCCCACUUCUGGUCGGAAAAGCUCUGCAACUGCGACUAUCAAGAAGCAAACGAAGCACCUGAUGCUGCUCUUGCUGGAGGCCAUCGAGGCCAACCGCAUCCAGCGCCCAGAGAAAAUGUUAGAACUCGACAACGCGCGGCGACGAGUCUCCGGAAUUUCGGUGGCCGAACAUGAGCGCUACCUGAUGCUGCAACGCAAGCUCUUCCAGGCUCAACAGCGCGGAUUGCCGGAGGUGCUGGCACUUUCGGCGGAUGAGGCCAAGCAGUGGAAACAGAUGAAAGCAGACGUUGCGUAUGAGCAAGUGAACUUUUGCAGGAUGAUGGCGAGGGCCUUAGCCGCUGAAGCUGCUGCUAAUGAGAUGCAGGUGCCAGCGUUUGCGAUGUCUUGGGUACGUGCGUUGCUAUAUGAGGCGAUGCUGACGCAGUGCUGGAAUGAUAUCUACCGUCUUUAUCCACGCUGGUUUGAGCCGUGUGCGGUAGUGCAACUCCCGAGCGGUGGUGCUCUGACUGCCAAUGGGUCGGGCGCAAUUAAGGCUAAGGAAGUUGCUGCUCGAGGCUCAUGCUGUGCUGUAGACCUGCAGAAACUUUUGCCUGGUCAACCGCUGAAGACUUCAGCAGAUGAGAGUGACGGGUUGGCGCUGGAAGUGGUGUCUCCGCGCCAGGUCAUUUCCGCUGACUUGCAAGCAGAAGAGUUGAUGGAGAAGUACGACUGCGACUUCGCCAUCUCGUCAUCUACGUUGGUCACACUUUUUGACAGUGAUACAUCGACUCGUUUCGCUCAUGUGCCUGCUGGCUGGGGCAUCCCAAUGAAAAGUCGAGCGAUCAUUCAUGGAGGAGCAUCCAAGAAACGUAUCUUCUUGGACCGCCCGCUACCAGGUAGCAGGCCAAGCACACGAGAGAAGUUAGCAGAAGCUGGAAGAGCGACAUUGCUGUCACGCUUCGAGACUGAUUCGAUUGUUCAAGGCUCAACAGGAGGACGCACGUCGUACCAUAUCUGGCAACUUGAUGGCAAGCGAAUUUUAGUGCGCAGCACGAUGCACGCGGGCACCAUUUCAGCAGCUCCAGCAGCUGAGAGCGCCUCUGAGCAGCAGCACAGUAAGCGUACUGUUGUGCCUCUCAGUGUUUUUUGUAAGCCAGAUUACAACUUGCUGGGAGUCGAGGAGCAGCUAACAACGAGCGAGAGAUGUCGUUUCUGGCUCCACUCGUGGCUUCGCGGUGGCUCCACCGUUCUCGUCGCGCGAGUCAACCCCAAGAAGGAAGUCGUCACCUCCUGGAAGACGUAUUCGCCGGGAUCGCUCAUCUAUGGCGAGAAGACUCAGCAAACUGUUCCGCUCGAGUGCUUCGAGUAA